UAUAUAUAUAAGCACGUUACAUAAAUUGAGUUAAAUAUCAGAUUUAUUUUUUCUGAGAUAGAUUGUUUUCCUUCCACUCUCGAAAAACAAAAUGAGACCAGAACUAUUUAUCGUUCACUUGUUACUAUUGGCUUCAGGAGAAUUUUUUCAAGUCAUUUACAGCACUUCCUGUUCACAAACAACCAUUACCUGUGGUUUUGAUACAAUGUCAAAGCGUACCAUCGAUGGCUCUUGUAAUAACUUCGACAACCCCCACAACAGUUAUGGCAAAAGCAACACACCUUAUGGUCGAUUCUUGACUCCUUUGGCGCCACGAACUCCUCUUCCUUACAAGAGUUAUUUCGGUUACGAUCUUCCUAAACCUCGAGUUCUGAGUCAAGCCUUGUUCAGUUGUGGCAGCGCUGUCACUGAAAGUGCACUUACUCACUUGGGGGCCAAUUUUGGUUUGUUUCUGAUGCAUGAUAUGUUUUCCACCAAAACUACACAAGACACUUGUUGCUCUGACAGCUGUCUUGGAAUUGCAGUAGAUGCCGCAAAUUCUUUUCCCGCACCAUGUUCCGUAACUUGCAUGACUUACCACAAACCUACGCUUUCUAACGAUAUCAAAUGCUUAAUGGGCGAAAUCAACGGAAUAAACUUAAACACUCAUUAUAUUGAUGCUUCACCAAUUUUUGGUUCUACUGAAGUGACAUAUAAUUCUCUUAUUGAUUCAGCGGGAAAACUGAAAAUGCCGAACGGUUUUUUACAGAUGACAUCAACAAAAUUCACUUCAGGUGAUGACCGAAUCAAUGAACAUCCUUUAAUCAUGGCAGUGUAUCACUUAUUUGCUCUUGAAUACAAUAGGAUAGUUACUCAGAUGACUACAAUGACCAUCCCAGACGCCGCACUACACGCAAAAAGAAUCUUAAUAGCCGAGUUACAACAUAUUACUUACAACGAGUUUCUUCCACUUUUGCUUGGUCAAAAUACUCCUGUGAAAUCACAGAGUACCGGGUAUGUAAGUUAUGAUCCCACAGAGAAGACUGAAAUUUCCAAUUCCUUCUCCGUUGCUUAUAAAUUGGCUGUGCAUUCGAUGUUGAGAAGUAGUUACAAAGAUUCUAGCGGUGGAGACAUUCUAUUAAAAGAUGCCAGACAGAAUAAUGGAUAUAUGAACAAUGUUGGCAAAAGAGACAAUAUUAUAACCCGUUUGUUAACUGACAAAAGUUCAAUAAUUAAUAACCAUUUUGCCUGCAUCUUUAGCAAUGAUUGUUCAACGAAUCCUUCGCCUUCUGGCGAUAUGGCGGCUAGUGCGAUUCAAGACAGCCGACAUCUGUCAAUCGCUCCAUACAUUAUAUGGCUGAAAGUAACUAAUGCAGCCAAUCCCGAUAAUCUUCCAUACCACAGUACAGCUGAAGGAACCAAGCUGAAAAAUGCAUAUCAUCAAGUACAUGACAUUGAUUUUGCUUCCGCUGUCUUAUCCGAGACACCGACCGGUGACGCAAUGGUUGGCCCAACGCUGAAAGCAUUGUUCGAAGAGCAGUUCAAGCUAGUGAAGAAAGGAGACAGGUUCUAUUAUGAACAUCUCCCCGUGUUUAGUCCAGCUCAACUUGCCGAGAUUCGAAAGAUAACAAUGGCGCAUAUUAUAUGUAGAAAUACUGGCAUCACGAAUGUUAAGAAAGAGGCAUUCAAAGCAAAUAGUGCCGACAUACCAUGCACUCAGCUAAGCGAUUUAAAUUUUCAACAAAUGGGAUUUUAAUGUCAACAAAUGUUCAUAGUACAAUGGAGAUAAUGUAACAAAAUUACAGGAGUACCUCACAUAGAAUGUUAAAAGCAAAAUCAAAACUAAAUCAGUUGUGCUAAAAGAAGGAAAAAGAACCAUAUAAAAAAUAUACAGAUCAUUUUGUUUUAUUAAUGAUGAUUCGUAUAUAAAACUUUGAACGCUCAAAUACUGGUAUAGGGCUAAGCCUUUAGCAUUUCUAAAGGCUUCAAUUAUAGUUUUAAAUAUCUGAGGUAUACUUAACCUUGAUAUUCCUUUGCGGGAAACUGUUUCAAAAGGACUGAGGUGCUUGGUUGCCUCUAUUUAGCAGAAUUAUAUGUCAUAACUCAGAUAUGAGCAUUUGAGCGGACAUACGUGUACCAUGAUGCACACACAAAACACAUGCGCAGACACUCAUGCUUAGAUAUGCCAGGUACAUACUCACACAUGCACAUGUGCAGAUAAGCAGCAAAAACAUUCAGAUGCGUUUUUAUGAAUUAAAAGUAUAAUUUCAAAGUAUGAUUACCAGAGCACACAUACACAUACUUGUAAUAUGCGUCUGCACGUAUAUCUAUCUAUCUAUCUAUCUAUCUAUCUAUCUAUCUAUCUAUCUAUCUAUCUAUCUAUC